AUACGUUUGCUCUUUAGUAACAGUUCAUGUUUUGAUCAACUUGAACAACUUUCUCAGUUUAUACAUCGCACGACAAGCUGGUACAAUCAAGGAACAGCAUGGAAAUGAGGGUAGCGUUUCUCGCUGCCUUUGCAGCCUUUUGUGUCUUUUCUUCCGCAGAUGCUAAAAGGUACAAGAUGGUGGCGUAUUGGGGACAAAAUGGUGUUUAUGGAAUCCACAAAGAAAGAGAACGAUGGGAAAAGGAACUUGAUUACUUUUGCAAGAGCCAUAGCUAUGAUGUAGUUGUGCUGGCCUUCAAUCAUAUCUUCUUCGACAGAAGAAACAAAGAUAACAUGCCAGGUUUGAAUUUUGCAUUUCAUUGUGAAGACCCAGUCAGUCCUGAAUACCCGUCUCUUUUGCGGUGCCCCCUAAUCGAAGCUGGAAUUUCUGAAUGCCAAAGGAGAGGAAAGCAAGUUUUGUUGUCAAUGGGUGGAGCCAGUGGCAGCUAUGGAUUCGCCAGUGAUAGCAAAGCCAAGGAAUAUGCUCAUACGAUCUGGCAUCUUUUUCUUGGAGGUAACAACAAACAAAGCCUAAGGCCUUUUGGAAGGGCUGUUCUUGAUGGUGUUGACCUGGACAUUGAGGGAGGACUCUCCACAGGCUAUACGGCCUUUGUAAAGGAAAUACGAAAGCUAAUGAACACAGAUUCUUCUCGAAAAUACAUAAUUGGUGCUGCACCCCAGUGUCCUUUCCCUGAUGGAUUUCUGGGGCCACGUCCAGGUAAGGCGCUGGGAGAUGUUGGAUAUGAAUUUGAUGAAGUUUACGUUCAGUUCUACAACAAUUGGUGUCAUACUGGGAAUCAGAGAGUUUUCUAUGAAAAUGUGGCAAAAUGGCUUAAAUUUUCAAUGGAUAGUAAGCCAAGUGGACCGAUGAUAUUUGUUGGAAUGCCUGCUAAAGUUGGUGGCUCAGGCAAUGCUGCAAAUUACAGACCAUUGAAAGAAGUUUCUGAUAUAUUCAAUAGGUUGAAGGACGAGCCACGGUUUGGGGGAUUCAUGCUUUGGGAUGCUGGAUUUGAUCAAAACAACAUCAUCAAUGGGAAACCGUACAGUCAGAACAUCGUCGAAAUCAUGAACAGUGGCGUCGUGCCCCCGAAUCCAACUGGCUCCCCUCAGACACUGCCCCCUGAUACUCCAGGACCUGGACCAGUAACGACUGAUUCUGUACCUGUCACACAGCCGCCACCUGUACCACCUACUAAACCUUCCUCGGUUUCCUGCACUAAUUUGCAAGAUGGCCACUACGCUCAUCCCACAGAUUGUUCCAAGUUCUUUAUUUGUCAUGGGGGCAUUGCCCAUCUACGAAGCUGCCCUGGAGGCCUGAAGUGGAACGACGUACGCAAGUAUUGUGAUUGGCCAGCAAAUGUUAACUGCAGUUAAUCGUUCGUGUAGAUGACAAUUUUUUAUUGCCAUUGAAUAAAUUGCAACGAGAGAUUGUAGAA